AUGGAGAGGGCAAUUACAAAUACUCGACAGCUCACAAAUACAUUAAUUGAAGAGUCUAUUUUUUCGCAUUGUACUAAUUCGGAUCAUGGUGCCGCCAUUUUAUCGAAAUCUCUAAAUUCAGUAAUAUCAAAAUGUACAGGAACAUUUUGUGAAACAGAAAGCCAUCAUGGACAGUUUUUUUACCAGACUACAGUUGAAAGAAAUGAAGUUUAUUAUACAGAAAUUAUUUCAUGUGGAAAUUCAAACAGUUAUUAUUCUUCAGUUUUAUACGACGGUAGAUUAGUAAAUAAAUACAAUAACUUCUCUUACAACAAAUGUUUACGACAGUGUGGCCAUCACAUGCAUUUGAACACAGUUAACUCUUCAAUAUCAAUGUAUUUAAAUAUUAUAAAAAACGAAGCGGAAGGAAUCAUAAACAAUUUCCAGACUUUGUUUCAUUUGAUUAAAUACACAAAUACUGUUCAAAACACAAUUACAAAAAGUAACCAAUGUUUAGUUUAUUUAGAUGCUAAUUCAACAGCUUUAUUGAUUUCAUGCGUUAUGAAAGAUAAUAUUUUGAAUUCAGGAGUUUUUGUAGCAUGUUCAAAUCAAUCAAAUUCAAUAACGUUCGAUGGCUGUUACAUUGAUUCUUACGAAGAAACAGAAAGAGUUACAUUUAAUAAUUUAAUCGAUAAUGUUAUAAAAUUUAAUUUGAUCCCAGAUUCACUCUCCUACAAUAAAAGAUUUUUGGAUUGUCAAACAUAUUCUGUCAUUUAUUUUCAAUUUCAUUUUUCUCUAUUUUUUGUAUGCAUCGAUUUGACAUAA